AUGCCAACUUUCCAGAAGCACCUCAGGAGGAGACUUCUCAGCAAUAGGCUCAAGACGUAUGCCAACUUUCCAGAAGCACCUCAGGAGGAGGCUUCUCUCAGCAAUAGGCUCAAGACGUAUGCCAACUUUCCAGAAGCACCUCAGGAGGAGGCUUCUCUCAGCAAUAGGCUCAAGACGUAUGCCAACUUUCCAGAAGCACCUCAGGAGGAGGCUUCUCUCAGCAAUAGGCUCAAGACGUAUGCCAACUUCCCAGAAGCACCUCAGGAGGAGGCUUCUCUCAGCAAUAGGCUCAAGACGUAUGCCAGCUUCCCAGAAGCACCUCAGGAGGAGGCUUCUCUCAGCAAUAGGCUCAAGACGUAUGCCAACUUCCCAGAAGCACCUCAGGAGGAGGCUUCUAUCAGCAAUAGGCUCAAGACGUAUGCCAACUUCCCAGAAGCACCUCAGGAGGAGGCUUCUCUCAGCAAUAGGCUCAAGACGUAUGCCAACUUCCCAGAAGCACCUCAGGAGGAGGCUUCUCUCAGCAAUAGGCUCAAGACGUAUGCCAACUUCCCAGAAGCACCUCAGGAGGAGGCUUCUCUCAGCAAUAGGCUCAAGACGUAUGCCAACUUCCCAGAAGCACGUCAGGAGGAGGCUUCUCUCAGCAGUAGGCUCAAGACGUAUGCCAACUUCCCAGAAGCACCUCAGGAGGAGGCUUCUCUCAGCAGUAGGCUCAAGACGUAUGCCAACUUCCCAGAAGCACCUCAGGAGGAGGCUUCUCUCAGCAGUAGGCUCAAGACGUAUGCCAACUUCCCAGAAGCACCUCAGGAGGAGGCUUCUCUCAGCAAUAGGCUCAAGACGUAUGCCAACUUCCCAGAAGCACCUCAGGAGGAGGCUUCUCUCAGCAGUAGGCUCAAGACGUAUGCCAACUUCCCAGAAGCACCUCAGGAGGAGGCUUCUCUCAGCAGUAGGCUCAAGACGUAUGCCAACUUCCCAGAAGCACCUCAGGAGGAGGCUUCUCUCAGCAGUAGGCUCAAGACGUAUGCCAACUUCCCAGAAGCACCUCAGGAGGAGGCUUCUCUCAGCAAUAGGCUCAAGACGUAUGCCAACUUCCCAGAAGCACCUCAGGAGGAGGCUUCUCUCAGCAGUAGGCUCAAGACGUAUGCCAACUUCCCAGAAGCACCUCAGGAGGAGGCUUCUCUCAACAGUAGGCUCAAGACGUAUGCCAACUUCCCAGAAGCACCUCAGGAGGAGGCUUCUCUCAGCAGUAGGCUCAAGACGUAUGCCAACUUCCCAGAAGCACCUCAGGAGGAGGCUUCUCUCAGCAGUAGGCUCAAGACGUAUGCCAACUUCCCAGAAGCACCUCAGGAGGAGGCUUCUCUCAGCAGUAGGCUCAAGACGUAUGCCAACUUCCCAGAAGCACCUCAGGAGGAGGCUUCUCUCAGCAGUAGGCUCAAGACGUAUGCCAACUUCCCAGAAGCACCUCAGGAGGAGGCUUCUCUCAGCAAUAGGCUCAAGACGUAUGCCAACUUCCCAGAAGCACCUCAGGAGGAGGCUUCUCUCAGCAGUAGGCUCAAGACGUAUGCCAACUUCCCAGAAGCACCUCAGGAGGAGGCUUCUCUCAGCAGUAGGCUCAAGACGUAUGCCAACUUCCCAGAAGCACCUCAGGAGGAGGCUUCUCUCAGCAGUAGGCUCAAGACGUAUGCCAACUUCCCAGAAGCACCUCAGGAGGAGGCUUCUCUCAGCAAUAGGCUCAAGACGUAUGCCAACUUCCCAGAAGCACCUCAGGAGGAGGCUUCUCUCAGCAGUAGGCUCAAGACGUAUGCCAACUUCCCAGAAGCACCUCAGGAGGAGGCUUCUCUCAGCAGUAGGCUCAAGACGUAUGCCAACUUCCCAGAAGCACCUCAGGAGGAGGCUUCUCUCAGCAAUAGGCUCAAGACGUAUGCCAACUUCCCAGAAGCACCUCAGGAGGAGGCUUCUCUCAGCAGUAGGCUCAAGACGUAUGCCAACUUCCCAGAAGCACCUCAGGAGGAGGCUUCUCUCAGCAGUAGGCUCAAGACGUAUGCCAACUUCCCAGAAGCACCUCAGGAGGAGGCUUCUCUCAGCAGUAGGCUCAAGACGUAUGCCAACUUCCCAGAAGCACCUCAGGAGGAGGCUUCUCUCAGCAAUAGGCUCAAGACGUAUGCCAACUUCCCAGAAGCACCUCAGGAGGAGGCUUCUCUCAGCAAUAGGCUCAAGACGUAUGCCAACUUCCCAGAAGCAUCUCAGGAGGAGGCUUCUCUCAGCAGUAGGCUCAAGACGUAUGCCAACUUCCCAGAAGCACCUCAGGAGGAGGCUUCUCUCAGCAUUAGGCUCAAGACGUAUGCCAACUUCCCAGAAGCACCUCAGGAGGAGGCUUCUCUCAGCAAUAGGCUCAAGACGUAUGCCAACUUCCCAGAAGCACCUCAGGUGGAGGCUUCUCUCAGCAGUAGGCUCAAGACGUAUGCCAACUUCCCAGAAGCACCUCAGGAGGAGGCUUCUCUCAGCAAUAGGCUCAAGACGUAUGCCAACUUCCCAGAAGCACCUCAGGAGGAGGCUUCUCUCAGCAGUAGGCUCAAGACGUAUGCCAACUUCCCAGAAGCACCUCAGAAGGAGGCUUCUCUCAGCAAUAGGCUCAAGACGUAUGCCAACUUCCCAGAAGCACCUCAGGAGGAGGCUUCUCUCAGCAGUAGGCUCAAGAUGUAUGCCAACUUCCCAGAAGCACCUCAGGAGGAGGCUUCUCUCAGCAAUAGGCUCAAGACGCAUGCCAACUUCCCAGAAGCACCUCAGGAGGAGGCUUCUCUCAGCAGUAGGCUCAAGACGCAUGCCAACUUCCCAGAAGCACCUCAGGAGGAGGCUUCUCUCAGCAGUAGGCUCAAGACGUAUGCCAACUUCCCAGAAGCACCUCAGGAGGAGGCUUCUCUGAGCAGUAGGCUCAAGACGUAUGCCAACUUCCCAGAAGCACCUCAGGAGGAGGCUUCUCUCAGCAGUAGGCUCAAGACGUAUGCCAACUUCCCAGAAGCACCUCAGGAGGAGGCUUCUCUCAGCAAUAGGCUCAAGACGCAUGCCAACUUCCCAGAAGCACCUCAGGAGGAGGCUUCUCUCAGCAGUAGGCUCAAGACGUAUGCCAACUUCCCAGAAGCACCUCAGGAGGAGGCUUCUCUCAGCAGUAGGCUCAAGACGUAUGCCAACUUCCCAGAAGCACCUCAGGAGGAGGCUUCUCUCAGCAGUAGGCUCAAGAUGUAUGCCAACUUCCCAGAAGCACCUCAGGAGGAGGCUUCUCUCAGCAAUAGGCUCAAGACGCAUGCCAACUUCCCAGAAGCACCUCAGGAGGAGGCUUCUCUCAGCAGUAGGCUCAAGACGCAUGCCAACUUCCCAGAAGCACCUCAGGAGGAGGCUUCUCUCAGCAGUAGGCUCAAGACGUAUGCCAACUUCCCAGAAGCACCUCAGGAGGAGGCUUCUCUGAGCAGUAGGCUCAAGACGUAUGCCAACUUCCCAGAAGCACCUCAGGAGGAGGCUUCUCUCAGCAGUAGGCUCAAGACGUAUGCCAACUUCCCAGAAGCACCUCAGGAGGAGGCUUCUCUCAGCAGUAGGCUCAAGACGUAUGCCAACUUCCCAGAAGCACCUCAGGAGGAGGCUUCUCUCAGCAAUAGGCUCAAGACGCAUGCCAACUUCCCAGAAGCACCUCAGGAGGAGGCUUCUCUCAGCAGUAGGCUCAAGACGUAUGCCAACUUCCCAGAAGCACCUCAGGAGGAGGCUUCUCUCAGCAGUAGGCUCAAGACGUAUGCCAACUUCCCAGAAGCACCUCAGGAGGAGGCUUCUCUCAGCAGUAGGCUCAAGACGUAUGCCAACUUCCCAGAAGCACCUCAGGAGGAGGCUUCUCUCAGCAGUAGGCUCAAGACGUAUGCCAACUUCCCAGAAGCACCUCAGGAGGAGGCUUCUCUCAGCAGUAGGCUCAAGACGUAUGCCAACUUCCCAGAAGCACCUCAGGAGGAGGCUUCUCUCAGCAGUAGGCUCAAGACGUAUGCCAACUUCCCAGAAGCACCUCAGGAGGAGGCUUCUCUCAGCAGUAGGCUCAAGACGUAUGCCAACUUCCCAGAAGCACCUCAGGAGGAGGCUUCUCUCAGCAGUAGGCUCAAGACGUAUGCCAACUUCCCAGAAGCACCUCAGGAGGAGGCUUCUCUCAGCAGUAGGCUCAAGACGUAUGCCCACUUCCCAGAAGCACCUCAGGAGGAGGCUUCUCUCAGCAAUAGGCUCAAGACGUAUGCCAACUUCCCAGAAGCACCUCAGGAGGAGGCUUCUCUCAGCAGUAGGCUCAAGACGUAUGCCCACUUCCCAGAAGCACCUCAGGAGGAGGCUUCUCUCAGCAAUAGGCUCAAGACGUAUGCCAACUUCCCAGAAGCACCUCAGGAGGAGGCUUCUCUCAGCAGUAGGCUCAAGACGUAUGCCAACUUCCCAGAAGCACCUCAGGAGGAGGCUUCUCUCAGCAGUAGGCUCAAGACGUAUGCCAACUUCCCAGAAGCACCUCAGGAGGAGGCUUCUCUCAGCAGUAGGCUCAAGACGUAUGCCAACUUCCCAGAAGCACCUCAGGAGGAGGCUUCUCUCAGCAGUAGGCUCAAGACGUAUGCCAACUUCCCAGAAGCACCUCAGGAGGAGGCUUCUCUCAGCAGUAGGCUCAAGACGUAUGCCAACUUUCCAGAAGCACCUCAGGAGGAGGCUUCUCUCAGCAGUAGGCUAAAGACGUAUGCCAACUUCCCAGAAGCACCUCAGGAGGAGGCUUCUCUCAGCAAUAGGCUCAAGACGUAUGCCAACUUCCCAGAAGCACCUCAGGAGGAGGCUUCUCUCAGCAGUAGGCUCAAGACGUAUGCCAACUUCCCAGAAGCACCUCAGGAGGAGGCUUCUCUCAGCAGUAGGCUAAAGACGUAUGCCAACUUCCCAGAAGCACCUCAGGAGGAGGCUUCUCUCAGCAAUAGGCUCAAGACGUAUGCCAACUUCCCAGAAGCACCUCAGGAGGAGGCUUCUCUCAGCAGUAGGCUAAAGACGUAUGCCAACUUCCCAGAAGCACCUCAGGAGGAGGAUUCUCUCAGCAAUAGGCUCAAGACGUAUGCCAACUUCCCAGAAGCACCUCAGGAGGAGGCUUCUCUCAGCAGUAGGCUCAAGACGUAUGCCAACUUCCCAGAAGCACCUCAGGAGGAGGCUUCUCUCAGCAGUAGGCUCAAGACGUAUGCCAACUUCCCAGAAGCACCUCAGGAGGAGGCUUCUCUCAGCAGUAGGCUCAAGACGUAUGCCAACUUCCCAGAAGCACCUCAGGAGGAGGCUUCUCUCAGCAGUAGGCUCAAGACGUAUGCCAACUUCCCAGAAGCACCUCAGGAGGAGGCUUCUCUCAGCAGUAGGCUCAAGACGUAUGCCAACUUCCCAGAAGCACCUCAGGAGGAGGCUUCUCUCAGCAGUAGGCUCAAGACGUAUGCCAACUUCCCAGAAGCACCUCAGGAGGAGGCUUCUCUCAGCAGUAGGCUCAAGACGUAUGCCAACUUCCCAGAAGCACCUCAGGAGGAGGCUUCUCUCAGCAGUAGGCUCAAGACGUAUGCCAACUUCCCAGAAGCACCUCAGGAGGAGGCUUCUCUCAGCAGUAGGCUCAAGACGUAUGCCAACUUCCCAGAAGCACCUCAGGAGGAGGCUUCUCUCAGCAGUAGGCUCAAGACGUAUGCCAACUUCCCAGAAGCACCUCAGGAGGAGGCUUCUCUCAGCAGUAGGCUCAAGACGUAUGCCAACUUCCCAGAAGCACCUCAGGAGGAGGCUUCUCUCAGCAGUAGGCUCAAGACGUAUGCCAACUUCCCAGAAGCACCUCAGGAGGAGGCUUCUCUCAGCAGUAGGCUCAAGACGUAUGCCAACUUCCCAGAAGCACCUCAGGAGGAGGCUUCUCUCAGCAGUAGGCUCAAGACGUAUGCCAACUUCCCAGAAGCACCUCAGGAGGAGGCUUCUCUCAGCAGUAGGCUCAAGACGUAUGCCAACUUCCCAGAAGCACCUCAGGAGGAGGCUUCUCUCAGCAGUAGGCUCAAGACGUAUGCCAACUUCCCAGAAGCACCUCAGGAGGAGGCUUCUCUCAGCAAUAGGCUCAAGACAUAUGCCAACUUCCCAGAAGCACCUCCGGAGGAGGCUUCUCUCAGCAAUAGGCUCAAGACGUAUGCCAACUUCCCAGAAGCACCUCAGGAGGAGGCUUCUCUCAGCAAUAGGCUCAAGACAUAUGCCAACUUCCCAGAAGCACCUCCGGAGGAGGCUUCUCUCAGCAAUAGGCUCAAGACGUAUGCCAACUUCCCAGAAGCACCUCAGGAGGAGGCUUCUCUCAGCAAUAGGCUCAAGACAUAUGCCAACUUCCCAGAAGCACCUCAGGAGGAGGCUUCUCUCAGCAAUAGGCUCAAGACGUAUGCCAACUUCCCAGAAGCACCUCCGGAGGAGGCUUCUCUCAGCAAUAGGCUCAAGACGUAUGCCAACUUCCCAGAAGCACCUCAGGAGGAGGCUUCUCUCAGCAAUAGGCUCAAGACGUAUGCCAACUUCCCAGAAGCACAUCAGGAGGAGGCUUCUCUCAGCAAUAGGCUCAAGACGUAUGCCAACUUCCCAGAAGCACCUCAGGAGGAGGCUUCUCUCAGCAAUAGGCUCAAGACGUAUGCCAACUUCCCAGAAGCACCUCAGGAGGAGGCUUCUCUCAGCAAUAGGCUCAAGACGUAUGCCAACUUCCCAGAAGCACAUCAGGAGGAGGCUUCUCUCAGCAAUAGGCUCAAGACGUAUGCCAACUUCCCAGAAGCACCUCAGGAGGAGGCUUCUCUCAGCAAUAGGCUCAAGACGUAUGCCAACUUCCCAGAAGCACCUCAGGAGGAGGCUUCUCUCAGCAAUAGGCUCAAGACGUAUGCCAACUUCCCAGAAGCACCUCAGGAGGAGGCUUCUCUCAGCAAUAGGCUCAAGUCGUAUGCCAACUUCCCAGAAGCACCUCAGGAGGAGGCUUCUCUCAGCAAUAGGCUCAAGACGUAUGCCAACUUCCCAGAAGCACCUCAGGAGGAGGCUUCUCUCAGCAAUAGGCUCAAGUCGUAUGCCAACUUCCCAGAAGCACCUCAGGAGGAGGCUUCUCUCAGCAAUAGGCUCAAGACGUAUGCCAACUUCCCAGAAGCACCUCAGGAGGAGGCUUCUCUCAGCAAUAGGCUCAAGACGUAUGCCAACUUCCCAGAAGCACCUCAGGAGGAGGCUUCUCUCAGCAAUAGGCUCAAGUCGUAUGCCAACUUCCCAGAAGCACCUCAGGAGGAGGCUUCUCUCAGCAAUAGGCUCAAGACGUAUGCCAACUUCCCAGAAGCACCUCAGGAGGAGGCUUCUCUCAGCAAUAGGCUCAAGACGUAUGCCAACUUCCCAGAAGCACCUCAGGAGGAGGCUUCUCUCAGCAAUAGGCUCAAGACGUAUGCCAACUUCCCAGAAGCACCUCAGGAGGAGGCUUCUCUCAGCAAUAGGCUCAAGACGUAUGCCAACUUCCCAGAAGCACCUCAGGAGGAGGCUUCUCUCAGCAAUAGGCUCAAGACGUAUGCCAACUUCCCAGAAGCACCUCAGGAGGAGGCUUCUCUCAGCAAUAGGCUCAAGACGUAUGCCAACUUCCCAGAAGCACCUCAGGAGGAGGCUUCUCUCAGCAAUAGGCUCAAGACGUAUGCCAACUUCCCAGAAGCACCUCAGGAGGAGGCUUCUCUCAGCAAUAGGCUCAAGACGUAUGCCAACUUCCCAGAAGCACCUCAGGAGGAGGCUUCUCUCAGCAAUAGGCUCAAGACGUAUGCCAACUUCCCAGAAGCACCUCAGGAGGAGGCUUCUCUCAGCAAUAGGCUCAAGACGUAUGCCAACUUCCCAGAAGCACCUCAGGAGGAGGCUUCUCUCAGCAAUAGGCUCAAGACGUAUGCCAACUUCCCAGAAGCACCUCAGGAGGAGGCUUCUCUCAGCAGUAGGCUCAAGACGUAUGCCAACUUCCCAGAAGCACCUCAGGAGGAGGCUUCUCUCAGCAAUAGGCUCAAGACGUAUGCCAACUUCCCAGAAGCACCUCAGGAGGAGGCUUCUCUCAGCAAUAGGCUCAAGACGUAUGCCAACUUCCCAGAAGCACCUCAGGAGGAGGCUUCUCUCAGCAAUAGGCUCAAGACGUAUGCCAACUUCCCAGAAGCACCUCAGGAGGAGGCUUCUCUCAGCAAUAGGCUCAAGACGUAUGCCAACUUCCCAGAAGCACCUCAGGAGGAGGCUUCUCUCAGCAAUAGGCUCAAGACGUAUGCCAACUUCCCAGAAGCACCUCAGGAGGAGGCUUCUCUCAGCAAUAGGCUCAAGACGUAUGCCAACUUCCCAGAAGCACCUCAGGAGGAGGCUUCUCUCAGCAAUAGGCUCAAGACGUAUGCCAACUUCCCAGAAGCACCUCAGGAGGAGGCUUCUCUCAGCAAUAGGCUCAAGACGUAUGCCAACUUCCCAGAAGCACCUCAGGAGGAGGCUUCUCUCAGCAAUAGGCUCAAGACGUAUGCCAACUUCCCAGAAGCACCUCAGGAGGAGGCUUCUCUCAGCAGUAGGCUCAAGACGUAUGCCAACUUCCCAGAAGCACCUCAGGAGGAGGCUUCUCUCAGCAAUAGGCUCAAGACGUAUGCCAACUUCCGAGAAGCACCUCAGGAGGAGGCUUCUCUCAGCAAUAGGCUCAAGACGUAUGCCAACUUCCGAGAAGCACCUCAGGAGGAGGCUUCUCUCAGCAAUAGGCUCAAGACGUAUGCCAACUUCCCAGAAGCACCUCAGGAGGAGGCUUCUCUCAGCAAUAGGCUCAAGACGUAUGCCAACUUCCCAGAAGCACCUCAGGAGGAGGCUUCUCUCAGCAAUAGGCUCAAGACGUAUGCCAACUUCCCAGAAGCACCUCAGGAGGAGGCUUCUCUCAGCAAUAGGCUCAAGACGUAUGCCAACUUCCCAGAAGCACCUCAGGAGGAGGCUUCUCUCAGCAGUAGGCUCAAGACGUAUGCCAACUUCCCAGAAGCACCUCAGGAGGAGGCUUCUCUCAGCAAUAGGCUCAAGACGUAUGCCAACUUCCCAGAAGCACCUCAGGAGGAGGCUUCUCUCAGCAAUAGGCUCAAGACGUAUGCCAACUUCCCAGAAGCACCUCAGGAGGAGGCUUCUCUCAGCAAUAGGCUCAAGACGUAUGCCAACUUCCCAGAAGCACCUCAGGAGGAGGCUUCUCUCAGCAGUAGGCUCAAGACGUAUGCCAACUUCCCAGAAGCACCUCAGGAGGAGGCUUCUCUCAGCAAUAGGCUCAAGACGUAUGCCAACUUCCCAGAAGCACCUCAGGAGGAGGCUUCUCUCAGCAGUAGGCUCAAGACGUAUGCCAUCUUCCCAGAAGCACCUCAGGAGGAGGCUUCUCUCAGCAGUAGGCUCAAGACGUAUGCCAUCUUCCCAGAAGCACCUCAGGAGGAGGCUUCUCUCAGCAGUAGGCUCAAGACGUAUGCCAACUUCCCAGAAGCACCUCAGGAGGAGGCUUCUCUCAGCAAUAGGCUCAAGACGUAUGCCAACUUCCCAGAAGCACCUCAGGAGGAGGCUUCUCUCAGCAGUAGGCUCAAGACGUAUGCCAACUUCCCAGAAGCACCUCAGGAGGAGGCUUCUCUCAGCAGUAGGCUCAAGACGUAUGCCAACUUCCCAGAAGCACCUCAGGAGGAGGCUUCUCUCAGCAAUAGGCUCAAGACGUAUGCCAACUUCCCAGAAGCACCUCAGGAGGAGGCUUCUCUCAGCAGUAGGCUCAAGACGUAUGCCAACUUCCCAGAAGCACCUCAGGAGGAGGCUUCUCUCAGCAAUAGGCUCAAGACGUAUGCCAACUUCCCAGAAGCACCUCAGGAGGAGGCUUCUCUCAGCAGUAGGCUCAAGACGUAUGCCAACUUCCCAGAAGCACCUCAGGAGGAGGCUUCUCUCAGCAAUAGGCUCAAGACGUAUGCCAACUUCCCAGAAGCACCUCAGGAGGAGGCUUCUCUCAGCAGUAGGCUCAAGACGUAUGCCAACUUCCCAGAAGCACCUCAGGAGGAGGCGUCUCUCAGCAAUAGGCUCAAGACGUAUGCCAACUUCCCAGAAGCACCUCAGGAGGAGGCUUCUCUCAGCAGUAGGCUCAAGACGUAUGCCAACUUCCCAGAAGCACCUCAGGAGGAGGCUUCUCUCAGCAAUAGGCUCAAGACGUAUGCCAACUUCCCAGAAGCACCUCAGGAGGAGGCUUCUCUCAGCAAUAGGCUCAAGACGUAUGCCAACUUCCCAGAAGCACCUCAGGAGGAGGCGUCUCUCAGCAAUAGGCUCAAGACGUAUGCCAACUUCCCAGAAGCACCUCAGGAGGAGGCUUCUCUCAGCAAUAGGCUCAAGACGUAUGCCAACUUCCCAGAAGCACCUCAGGAGGAGGCUUCUCUCAGCAAUAGGUUCAAGACGUAUGCCAACUUCCCAGAAGCACCUCAGGAGGAGGCUUCUCUCAGCAAUAGGCUCAAGACGUAUGCCAACUUCCCAGAAGCACCUCAGGAGGAGGCUUCUCUCAGCAAUAGGCUCAAGACGUAUGCCAACUUCCCAGAAGCACCUCCGGAGGAGGCUUCUCUCAGCAAUAGGCUCAAGACGUAUGCCAACUUCCCAGAAGCACCUCAGGAGGAGGCUUCUCUCAGCAAUAGGCUCAAGACGUAUGCCAACUUCCCAGAAGCACCUCCGGAGGAGGCUUCUCUCAGCAAUAGGCUCAAGACGUAUGCCAACUUCCCAGAAGCACCUCAGGAGGAGGCUUCUCUCAGCAAUAGGCUCAAGACGUAUGCCAACUUCCCAGAAGCACCUCAGGAGGAGGCUUCUCUCAGCAGUAGGCUCAAGACGUAUGCCAACUUCCCAGAAGCACCUCAGGAGGAGGCUUCUCUCAGCAAUAGGCUCAAGACGUAUGCCAACUUCCCAGAAGCACCUCAGGAGGAGGCUUCUCUCAGCAAUAGGCUCAAGACGUAUGCCAACUUCCCAGAAGCACCUCCGGAGGAGGCUUCUCUCAGCAAUAGGGUCAAGACGUAUGCCAACUUCCCAGAAGCACCUCAGGAGGAGGCUUCUCUCAGCAGUAGGCUCAAGACGUAUGCCAACUUCCCAGAAGCACCUCAGGAGGAGGCUUCUCUCAGCAAUAGGCUCAAGACGUAUGCCAACUUCCCAGAAGCACCUCAGGAGGAGGCUUCUCUCAGCAAUAGGCUCAAGACGUAUGCCAACUUCCCAGAAGCACCUCCGGAGGAGGCUUCUCUCAGCAAUAGGGUCAAGACGUAUGCCAACUUCCCAGAAGCACCUCAGGAGGAGGCUUCUCUCAGCAGUAGGCUCAAGACGUAUGCCAACUUCCCAGAAGCACCUCAGGAGGAGGCUUCUCUCAGCAAUAGGCUCAAGACGUAUGCCAACUUCCCAGAAGCACCUCAGGAGGAGGCUUCUCUCAGCAAUAGGCUCAAGACGUAUGCCAACUUCCCAGAAGCACCUCCGGAGGAGGCUUCUCUCAGCAAUAGGCUCAAGACGUAUGCCAACUUCCCAGAAGCACCUCAGGAGGAGGCUUCUCUCAGCAAUAGGCUCAAGACGUAUGCCAACUUCCCAGAAGCACCUCAGGAGGAGGCUUCUCUCAGCAAUAGGCUCAAGACGUAUGCCAACUUCCCAGAAGCACCUCAGGAGGAGGCUUCUCUCAGCAAUAGGCUCAAGACGUAUGCCAACUUCCCAGAAGCACCUCAGGAGGAGGCUUCUCUCAGCAAUAGGCUCAAGACGUAUGCCAACUUCCCAGAAGCACCUCAGGAGGAGGCUUCUCUCAGCAAUAGGCUCAAGACAUAUGCCAACUUCCCAGAAGCACCUCCGGAGGAGGCUUCUCUCAGCAAUAGGCUCAAGACGUAUGCCAACUUCCCAGAAGCACCUCAGGAGGAGGCUUCUCUCAGCAAUAGGCUCAAGACGUAUGCCAACUUCCCAGAAGCACCUCCGGAGGAGGCUUCUCUCAGCAAUAGGCUCAAGACGUAUGCCAACUUCCCAGAAGCACCUCAGGAGGAGGCUUCUCUCAGCAGUAGGCUCAAGACGUAUGCCAACUUCCCAGAAGCACCUCAGGAGGAGGCUUCUCUCAGCAAUAGGCUCAAGACGUAUGCCAACUUCCCAGAAGCACCUCCGGAGGAGGCUUCUCUCAGCAAUAGGAUCAAGACGUAUGCCAACUUCCCAGAAGCACCUCAGGAGGAGGCUUCUCUCAGCAAUAGGCUCAAGACGUAUGCCAACUUCCCAGAAGCACCUCAGGAGGAGGCUUCUCUCAGCAAUAGGCUCAAGACGUAUGCCAACUUCCCAGAAGCACCUCAGGAGGAGGCUUCUCUCAGCAAUAGGCUCAAGACAUAUGCCAACUUCCCAGAAGCACCUCCGGAGGAGGCUUCUCUCAGCAAUAGGCUCAAGACGUAUGCCAACUUCCCAGAAGCACCUCCGGAGGAGGCUUCUCUCAGCAAUAGGCUCAAGACGUAUGCCAACUUCCCAGAAGCACCUCAGGAGGAGGCUUCUCUCAGCAAUAGGCUCAAGACGUAUGCCAAGUUCCCAGAAGCACCUCAGGAGGAGGCUUCUCUCAGCAGUAGGCUCAAGACGUAUGCCAACUUCCCAGAAGCACCUCAGGAGGAGGCUUCUCUCAGCAAUAGGCUCAAGACGUAUGCCAACUUCCCAGAAGCACCUCAGGAGGAGGCUUCUCUCAGCAAUAGGCUCAAGACGUAUGCCAACUUCCCAGAAGCACCUCCGGAGGAGGCUUCUCUCAGCAAUAGGGUCAAGACGUAUGCCAACUUCCCAGAAGCACCUCAGGAGGAGGCUUCUCUCAGCAGUAGGCUCAAGACGUAUGCCAAGUUCCCAGAAGCACCUCAGGAGGAGGCUUCUCUCAGCAGUAGGCUCAAGACGUAUGCCAACUUCCCAGAAGCACCUCAGGAGGAGGCUUCUCUCAGCAAUAGGCUCAAGACGUAUGCCAACUUCCCAGAAGCACCUCAGGAGGAGGCUUCUCUCAGCAAUAGGCUCAAGACGUAUGCCAACUUCCCAGAAGCACCUCCGGAGGAGGCUUCUCUCAGCAAUAGGGUCAAGACGUAUGCCAACUUCCCAGAAGCACCUCAGGAGGAGGCUUCUCUCAGCAGUAGGCUCAAGACGUAUGCCAACUUCCCAGAAGCACCUCAGGAGGAGGCUUCUCUCAGCAAUAGGCUCAAGACGUAUGCCAACUUCCCAGAAGCACCUCAGGAGGAGGCUUCUCUCAGCAAUAGGCUCAAGACGUAUGCCAACUUCCCAGAAGCACCUCCGGAGGAGGCUUCUCUCAGCAAUAGGCUCAAGACGUAUGCCAACUUCCCAGAAGCACCUCAGGAGGAGGCUUCUCUCAGCAAUAGGCUCAAGACGUAUGCCAACUUCCCAGAAGCACCUCAGGAGGAGGCUUCUCUCAGCAAUAGGCUCAAGACAUAUGCCAACUUCCCAGAAGCACCUCCGGAGGAGGCUUCUCUCAGCAAUAGGCUCAAGACGUAUGCCAACUUCCCAGAAGCACCUCAGGAGGAGGCUUCUCUCAGCAAUAGGCUCAAGACAUAUGCCAACUUCCCAGAAGCACCUCCGGAGGAGGCUUCUCUCAGCAAUAGGCUCAAGACGUAUGCCAACUUCCCAGAAGCACCUCAGGAGGAGGCUUCUCUCAGCAAUAGGCUCAAGACGUAUGCCAACUUCCCAGAAGCACCUCAGGAGGAGGCUUCUCUCAGCAAUAGGCUCAAGACGUAUGCCAACUUCCCAGAAGCACCUCCGGAGGAGGCUUCUCUCAGCAAUAGGCUCAAGACGUAUGCCAACUUCCCAGAAGCACCUCAGGAGGAGGCUUCUCUCAGCAAUAGGCUCAAGACGUAUGCCAACUUCCCAGAAGCACCUCAGGAGGAGGCUUCUCUCAGCAAUAGGCUCAAGACGUAUGCCAACUUCCCAGAAGCACCUCAGGAGGAGGCUUCUCUCAGCAAUAGGCUCAAGACGUAUGCCAACUUCCCAGAAGCACCUCAGGAGGAGGCUUCUCUCAGCAAUAGGCUCAAGACAUAUGCCAACUUCCCAGAAGCACCUCCGGAGGAGGCUUCUCUCAGCAAUAGGCUCAAGACGUAUGCCAACUUCCCAGAAGCACCUCAGGAGGAGGCUUCUCUCAGCAAUAGGCUCAAGACGUAUGCCAACUUCCCAGAAGCACCUCAGGAGGAGGCUUCUCUCAGCAAUAGGCUCAAGACGUAUGCCAACUUCCCAGAAGCACCUCCGGAGGAGGCUUCUCUCAGCAAUAGGCUCAAGACGUAUGCCAACUUCCCAGAAGCACCUCAGGAGGAGGCUUCUCUCAGCAAUAGGCUCAAGACGUAUGCCAACUUCCCAGAAGCACCUCAGGAGGAGGCUUCUCUCAGCAAUAGGCUCAAGACGUAUGCCAACUUCCCAGAAGCACCUCAGGAGGAGGCUUCUCUCAGCAAUAGGCUCAAGACGUAUGCCAACUUCCCAGAAGCACCUCAGGAGGAGGCUUCUCUCAGCAAUAGGCUCAAGUCGUAUGCCAACUUCCCAGAAGCACCUCAGGAGGAGGCUUCUCUCAGCAAUAGGCUCAAGACGUAUGCCAACUUCCCAGAAGCACCUCAGGAGGAGGCUUCUCUCAGCAAUAGGCUCAAGACGUAUGCCAACUUCCCAGAAGCACCUCAGGAGGAGGCUUCUCUCAGCAAUAGGCUCAAGACGUAUGCCAACUUCCCAGAAGCACCUCAGGAGGAGGCUUCUCUCAGCAAUAGGCUCAAGACGUAUGCCAACUUCCCAGAAGCACCUCAGGAGGAGGCUUCUCUCAGCAAUAGGCUCAAGACGUAUGCCAACUUCCCAGAAGCACCUCAGGAGGAGGCUUCUCUCAGCAAUAGGCUCAAGACGUAUGCCAACUUCCCAGAAGCACCUCAGGAGGAGGCUUCUCUCAGCAAUAGGCUCAAGACGUAUGCCAACUUCCCAGAAGCACCUCAGGAGGAGGCUUCUCUCAGCAGUAGGCUCAAGACGUAUGCCAACUUCCCAGAAGCACCUCAGGAGGAGGCUUCUCUCAGCAAUAGGCUCAAGACGUAUGCCAACUUCCCAGAAGCACCUCAGGAGGAGGCUUCUCUCAGCAGUAGGCUCAAGACGUAUGCCAUCUUCCCAGAAGCACCUCAGGAGGAGGCUUCUCUCAGCAGUAGGCUCAAGACGUAUGCCAACUUCCCAGAAGCACCUCAGGAGGAGGCUUCUCUCAGCAAUAGGCUCAAGACAUAUGCCAACUUCCCAGAAGCACCUCCGGAGGAGGCUUCUCUCAGCAAUAGGCUCAAGACGUAUGCCAACUUCCCAGAAGCACCUCAGGAGGAGGCUUCUCUCAGCAAUAGGCUCAAGACAUAUGCCAACUUCCCAGAAGCACCUCCGGAGGAGGCUUCUCUCAGCAAUAGGCUCAAGACGUAUGCCAACUUCCCAGAAGCACCUCAGGAGGAGGCUUCUCUCAGCAAUAGGCUCAAGACGUAUGCCAACUUCCCAGAAGCACCUCAGGAGGAGGCUUCUCUCAGCAAUAGGCUCAAGACGUAUGCCAACUUCCCAGAAGCACCUCAGGAGGAGGCUUCUCUCAGCAAUAGGCUCAAGACGUAUGCCAACUUCCCAGAAGCACCUCAGGAGGAGGCUUCUCUCAGCAAUAGGCUCAAGACGUAUGCCAACUUCCCAGAAGCACCUCAGGAGGAGGCUUCUCUCAGCAAUAGGCUCAAGACGUAUGCCAACUUCCCAGAAGCACCUCCGGAGGAGGCUUCUCUCAGCAAUAGGCUCAAGACGUAUGCCAACUUCCCAGAAGCACCUCAGGAGGAGGCUUCUCUCAGCAAUAGGCUCAAGACGUAUGCCAACUUCCCAGAAGCACCUCAGGAGGAGGCUUCUCUCAGCAAUAGGCUCAAGACGUAUGCCAACUUCCCAGAAGCACCUCAGGAGGAGGCUUCUCUCAGCAAUAGGCUCAAGACGUAUGCCAACUUCCCAGAAGCACCUCAGGAGGAGGCUUCUCUCAGCAAUAGGCUCAAGACGUAUGCCAACUUCCCAGAAGCACCUCAGGAGGAGGCUUCUCUCAGCAAUAGGCUCAAGACGUAUGCCAACUUCCCAGAAGCACCUCAGGAGGAGGCUUCUCUCAGCAAUAGGCUCAAGACGUAUGCCAACUUCCCAGAAGCACCUCAGGAGGAGGCUUCUCUCAGCAAUAGGCUCAAGUCGUAUGCCAACUUCCCAGAAGCACCUCAGGAGGAGGCUUCUCUCAGCAAUAGGCUCAAGACGUAUGCCAACUUCCCAGAAGCACCUCAGGAGGAGGCUUCUCUCAGCAAUAGGCUCAAGACGUAUGCCAACUUCCCAGAAGCACCUCAGGAGGAGGCUUCUCUCAGCAAUAGGCUCAAGACGUAUGCCAACUUCCCAGAAGCACCUCAGGAGGAGGCUUCUCUCAGCAAUAGGCUCAAGACGUAUGCCAACUUCCCAGAAGCACCUCAGGAGGAGGCUUCUCUCAGCAAUAGGCUCAAGACGUAUGCCAACUUCCCAGAAGCACCUCAGGAGGAGGCUUCUCUCAGCAAUAGGCUCAAGACGUAUGCCAACUUCCCAGAAGCACCUCAGGAGGAGGCUUCUCUCAGCAGUAGGCUCAAGACGUAUGCCAACUUCCCAGAAGCACCUCAGGAGGAGGCUUCUCUCAGCAAUAGGCUCAAGACGUAUGCCAACUUCCCAGAAGCACCUCAGGAGGAGGCUUCUCUCAGCAAUAGGCUCAAGACGUAUGCCAACUUCCCAGAAGCACCUCAGGAGGAGGCUUCUCUCAGCAAUAGGCUCAAGACGUAUGCCAACUUCCCAGAAGCACCUCAGGAGGAGGCUUCUCUCAGCAAUAGGCUCAAGACGUAUGCCAACUUCCCAGAAGCACCUCAGGAGGAGGCUUCUCUCAGCAAUAGGCUCAAGACGUAUGCCAACUUCCCAGAAGCACCUCAGGAGGAGGCUUCUCUCAGCAGUAGGCUCAAGACGUAUGCCAACUUCCCAGAAGCACCUCAGGAGGAGGCUUCUCUCAGCAGUAGGCUCAAGACGUAUGCCAUCUUCCCAGAAGCACCUCAGGAGGAGGCUUCUCUCAGCAGUAGGCUCAAGACGUAUGCCAACUUCCCAGAAGCACCUCAGGAGGAGGCUUCUCUCAGCAAUAGGCUCAAGACGUAUGCCAACUUCCCAGAAGCACCUCAGGAGGAGGCUUCUCUCAGCAAUAGGCUCAAGACGUAUGCCAACUUCCCAGAAGCACCUCAGGAGGAGGCUUCUCUCAGCAAUAGGCUCAAGACGUAUGCCAACUUCCCAGAAGCACCUCAGGAGGAGGCUUCUCUCAGCAGUAGGCUCAAGACGUAUGCCAACUUCCCAGAAGCACCUCAGGAGGAGGCUUCUCUCAGCAAUAGGCUCAAGACGUAUGCCAACUUCCCAGAAGCACCUCAGGAGGAGGCUUCUCUCAGCAGUAGGCUCAAGACGUAUGCCAACUUCCCAGAAGCACCUCAGGAGGAGGCUUCUCUCAGCAGUAGGCUCAAGACGUAUGCCAACUUCCCAGAAGCACCUCAGGAGGAGGCUUCUCUCAGCAAUAGGCUCAAGACGUAUGCCAACUUCCCAGAAGCACCUCAGGAGGAGGCUUCUCUCAGCAGUAGGCUCAAGACGUAUGCCAACUUCCCAGAAGCACCUCAGGAGGAGGCUUCUCUCAGCAGUAG